ACCACCGAGAGACAGCGAGACAGACAGAGACAGAGGGAAGGGUGCUGGCAGUGCAGGUGUGUGUGUAUGUUAGCCAAUUGGAACUAAAGGUGGGUGCGAAUAUGUCGCCCAGGGGUCUGCUUUGGUUGCUGGUUUCAGGUCAGCUGUAUCUGUGCGGGGCCUUUACAGCAUCUCCAACAUGCCGUCAGGCGAUCCAAGCAGCACAGAGUCACGGGUCACCGAAGACGUACAAGUCUGCGGGUCUAUCCUCUCUUCGGGCCUCAUGGGCAUCGGGAUAUGAUGCUGCUAGAGGGCGGGGCGGACGGUUCGAGGAGGGUAAUAGGAGGUUGAGCAGUCUGCGACUGCGACCAAGUCAGCAGAGGCUGACGAAAAUGGCUGCGUCGACAACAGCUGAAACGGGGGGUAGGCCUGCUGCUUCUACUGGGCCAAGGAGCGUCAACUGGCCGCUGUGGUAUGUUCUUCCAAUCGCACCGUACCAGAGGAGGAAGACGCUAAUGAAGGAGAUCGUCCCUGGGAAGGUCUGGACGUUCGACCAGCUGCAGGGCAUUUUGUACGUGAUCGUGCCCGUCCGCAUGACGGUCAUCAAGCUUGACAAGUCGGAAGGGGGAGGGCUGUUCGUGUACGCCCCCGUGGCUCCCACGGGCGAGUGCAUGGCGAUGAUGCGCAAGCUGGAAGCCGAGCACGGGCCCGUGAGACACAUCGUGCUGGGCACGCUUGGCUUGGAGCACAAGGUGUUUGCCGGACCGUUCGCCCAGAGGUUUUCUGAGGCGCGGGUCUGGUACACCCCCGGCCAAUACAGCUUCCCCAUCGGUUUACCCCUCUCUUGGUUGGGGUUCGGAGGCCGACCGACGAAAGAGAUCCCCGCGUCGUCGGAGGAUGCCCCUUGGGGGGCCGAUCUAGACCACCAGGUGCUUGGCCCCUUCUUUUCCAAGGACGGAUCGGGGGGGUACGGAGAGACAGCUUUUUUUCACAAGGAUACCAAGACUCUCCUCGUGACGGAUAUGGUUGUCAAGGUAGAGGACCAAGUGCCGGAAAUCGUUUGCGAGGACCCACGUCCCCUCCUGUUCCACGCUAGAGAUAACGCCUUAGAAAGGGUCGAGGACACCCCGGAGGUUCGCCUGAAGGGCUGGCGAAGGAUAGUGCAGUUCGCCUUGACGUUUCAGCCGAGCAGCCUGGAGGUAGUGGAGCUGAAGAAGGCCUUGUUUGACGACGCGCCGCAAUCCAAGAUGAAAGAGCUUGGGUGGGGAGGACUUUUCCCGUUUGAGUGGAGGAGCUCGAGCGAUGACCUGAAGUCAUUCUCUGCCAUGAAGGGCGGCCUGCUGGUGGCGCCUAUCCUGCAAGUGCUCCUGCUGAACCGGGAUCCGGGGCCUGUCCUCGAUUGGGCCGACAGAGUAGCCAAAUGGCCUUUCCAAAGGGUCAUUCCUUGCCAUCUGGCCAACGACGUCUCGGCAACGCCGAAGGAGUUCCGGAAGGCGUUUCGGUUCUUGGAGAAGGGGGGGAGCGGGGGCGGCGGCGGGUCGGCAGGGCUCCUGUCGCUGUUCGGCGGGGGCGCCGGAGGGGGAGGCAGGGGGGCCCAGCCGUUGCCCGAAGACUUGCAGUUUUUGAGGGAUGCUGAGAAGACACUGGUAGAGCUGGGCACUCUGUUUCCGGCGGAAGAGCCGAUCGACCGGUCCCGUCGAUGAUAUCGGUUACCAUCAUUAUCAUUCGUUGUUGAUGAUGGCAUCUCUGCGUUAUGUAACGAUGAUAUCGAUUGCCAUCAUUCUUUGUUGAUGUUGCCAGUCGAUUCUUUCCGUUCGAUUUUUUUUCAGCCUGCUGCGCGGCUGCCUCUCAAUUCAGUUCAGCAGGGAGUAGUCUAUCUAGUUCGGCUGAUUGGUUGGUUAGGUGGGCAUGUUUUGUUGAUGUGGCUUGUUCCCGCUGUUGCAGCGUGGUUGCCACAUGUCUCAGUCCACUGGUCAUGCUGAUCGUCGGUCGAUCUUCCGUGUGUGUGUGUGUGCGUGUGUGUGUGUUAUCACGCUUAUUAAUUUGAUUGGUUUACCCUUCUCCUUGACGCUGCUGGCGCAUGUACAGUAGUAACGGUGACGGCAACGCGAGGGAGCAGAAACACAAAAGUGUCGCGCAUGAACUUGUUUCAUUGCAGUACUGUAGCGCGCCUGGCGGAAUCACAAACGGCGUAUAUAUUCCCUUGUGACCCCUUAAUGUUGUUCUCGAUUGAGAUAAGCCCCAUCUGUGUGUCGUUGGCAUUACAGUAGUUGGAUGGAAGGGGGGGGGCGUACUCUUAUGUUUUGCAUGCCUUCGCGGUUAUA